UGAUUUUUUAUUUAUUAAAUAGCGAGCAUUUUCUGGGCGCACAAAAGCAUUUACCAUAACGUUAUUUAACAUCCAUACGCCCUUGAACAUGACAGAGGCCUGUUUCAUUUAGAAAGGUUUGAUUUCGUGGCAGAAAGGCAGAGAGACACAGAUACAGGUUGUAUCAAUGGAUCAAAAAUGGCUUCUCUCUCGCGUACCAGAUGAAAAAUCUCGAUUUGAGAUUGAAUUGGAAUUCGUCCAAAUGUUAUCGAAUCCCUGGUAUCUAAAUUUCCUUGCUCAACAUAAUUACUUUGAGGACGAAAGUUUUUUGCAGUACCUUGAGUAUUUGGAAUACUGGAGGGAACCUGAAUACGUCAAAUUUAUCAUUUAUCCCACUUGCUUGCAUAUGCUGACUCUUUUAAAAAAUCCACAGUUUCGAAUCGAUAUAUCUCGAGCAGACUUGUCUAAGCAGGUAAACGAUGAAAUGUAUUACGAAUGGCUUGCAAAAGGUGGAUAUCAGAUUCCCGUUGCAAAUCCUAAUCCUAAUCCUAAUCCAGAUCCAAGUUCAUAAACGUUGUCUGCUAAACAGUGGACCAUUGAAAGCCGUGAUGAACACAUAGAGCUCUUACUCCGUCCCUUUUUGUUUCAGUUAGUUUUUAGAUUUCAUGUAAUUUAUAGUAUAAUCAUUGAAUUCUGCAAAUGGCUUUAUAUAGAUGAUCCUUUCGGUUACAUAUGAGCAGGAAUGAUAGUUCAGGUUUGAUAAUGCUCCUUUCAUUCAUGGAUGUCUUCGGCAAUUCUAAGAGAAGAAUAUUUUAUUUAUCGUAGUCAUUCAAAGCAUUCAGAAAUAACGUUUCAUUAUUGGUCCUGCUGUUGCGCUAGGCGUUUCUCUAAAAGUACGAACGCCUGCAACUGAGGAGGCAAUUCCUUGAGUGAGCUUGUUUCCUCAAGUGACACACUUUCAAGCUCUUUUGGAAGAGCCAGCUGCUUCUCUAGAAAACUUUUUUUGGCCUUCCGCCGGGCUUGGUUAUAUUCCUCUAGGUCAUCAGCGAAUACAUCCCACACACAAAUCGAACAGCCACUUUGACAGCAGUUCAAUGGUUCUUCCGGCUUCGGUGGAACUCGAAUACCAUUAUACAUUUGGCUAACGUUUCCAAUUGAGUAUGUACGUAAAGAAGCGGGGCCUUCUUCAACAGCUAGAAAUGAAACAUUCGCAUCUGUAUCCACGUUCAAAUUAGGUUGCGGUUGCUUUAAUAACUCUUUUGGAAUUAGUAAGCUUUUCAACAAGUUCUAUCGUCGAAUCCUUACGUCUGUAAAACUUGAGAUUUGGCUUUAAUAUUGGCACCUCAUGAAUACCUCUUGAAAACCAAUUGGGACAUCCUUUUUGCAUCCAUUUGGAAGAAUAAAAUAAUACAUUAGAAGCAUUAACCUUCAUUCGCGGAUUUUGGUCGAUUCACAAUUGUUUCCAUCAGAUCAACCUUGAGUAAGGUGGAAGGUUCCAUUCGCCAUUGUUGCCAGUUAGAACACUCCAUAGUUAGCCAUUCAAAUGAUACAGAAUUAAGAAAACUUCUUUACUUUUAUUCAACGUUUACAAAAUAAAUAUAGGUAUUAUUUUAAGAUUCGGUUGCUGUUGCUUUCAAUUCCUGUUCCCUUUCGCGUUGUUUUUGUUUCAUUCGCAACAUCGUUAAUUCUUCGUAAUCCAUUGAUGUUUUAGGUUUCUUUUCAUCAAAUAUUUGCUUCCCAUCUAAGGGCUUCAACCACUGAGCAUCCUUAAUGACAGAAGGAGCUUUUGCUGUUACUGCAGAAUAAGCGGCGUCUAAAGUAUCAAAAACAAGAAUAGCAUAAACGUAUUUUUUGUCAUCAUUAACAGUUUUUUGAAUUAUAAGAUCACGUAUACAACCAAAAUUAGAGUAAAAAGAACGUAGGAAAGAUUCAUCGACUUGGUUAUUAUACUUUCUCUUCCAACGAACCUUCACAGAUCGAUCAAGAUCAGAGAUUGACCGACUUUUCUCAGGAAUUUCUUCUCUUUUUCUUUUGUUUGAUUCUUCACUUUGAAACAACCUCUCUUCACGUUCUCGUCGUAAUUUAGCACUUUGCUCUUGUAAGGAACGUAACUUUUCCCGUAAGCCUCUGUUUUCUAAAUCUUUUUGUUGUUCAGAAAAAUAAAAUUCUUUUUCUCUGUCCUUUAACUUAUCAGCCAUUGUUCUCCUAUUCAGAUCAAACGCUUCUUCACGUCUCUGACGAGCAAGCUUAGCUGUCCGUUCAGUAUCGUACGCUUGACGCGUCUUUGUAUCUGUUAAAGCAUUGUAAGCGACUUGUAGUAAGUGGAACUUCUCAGCGGC